AUGUUCUUUCACUAAUUCAACUUGGGAGCCACUAGACCCCAAUAGUGACUGAUGAUUAGCUCUUUCAGGUUGGAGUGGGGCUGGAUUCCUUGGAGAACACUCUCAUUCUUUUUAAUAUUCUCAUCAUCAUUUUUUCAAGUGAUGUAAACUGCUUGCCUCAGAAGAAAGGAUAGGAGGAAUCAAUCAUCAAUAUAAGCUUGUCGGAGAAGAAUGCUUUGAGCUGCACGGCCAUCAUUCUUCUCAUCGAAUGGACGAUGAUGAAGAAAACGUGUCAUAUGGCUGACUGUUCCUUUGGCUUCUCUAUGCGGGAUAAAAGAGGAGCCCGUCCUCCGGCUUUCACAACCACCGCCGCCGCCGCCUGAUGAGAGAAUUUUCAGCCUCCGCCUUGGCGGUGAUCGCGACCCUGACGGCUCUCAUCGGCCCCGCCAACCCCACAGGCUCCUCUUCCACCCUAGCCAUCGCCCACGGUUCCGCCACCGUCUGCGGCGUCGUCGCUGGCACCUCGAACUCAUUCAUCCAGUGCGCCACCGCCUCCGCAUCCUCCUCUUCUCCAUUCCUCGUCUCCCCCAACGCCUCAUUCUCCUCCAUCUCUGCCGGCCGGGACUCCAUCUGCGGCCUCAGGGCCGGCGGAACCUCCUUCCUCUGCUGGAACUUGACUGCCUCCUCCAGCACCGCCCCCCCAGCAAGGCGCGUCUACGAAGGCUCCGCCGCCCUCGAAGAGCUCUCGGUCGGCGAAGUCCAUAUCGCCGCUCUCGAUCGCAACCGUACCUUCAUUGAGUGGUGGCGAUCCGAUGGCCGAUUCCCCUCCAACAUCUCCGGAUCCUACCAUUCUCUCGCCUCCGGUCGUGAUUUCUCCUGCGCCUUGAUUUCCAACGGCUCCCUGCGCUGCUGGGGGCCGCGCGGGGGUGAAAUCGAGGCGGACUUCGCCGAUUCCACCAUGUCGACCAUCGCCGCCGGAGAUUCUCACGUCUGCGGAAUCGACACCGUAGGCCGCCUUAUUUGCGGAGGCAACAACGACGCAGGGCAGUCGACGCCUCCCUCGAGCCCGGCGUUCGAGUUCGGGGCGCUCGCUCUUGGUGAGAAACACUCUUGCGCGGUGAGGAAUUCCAACGGCACGGUCAUCUGCUGGGGCGGCGCCGCCGGUAUUGAAUACACACCGGCUAACGCCACCUCCUUCGUGCUAGUUGUCGCCGGCGGUAAUCUAACCUGCGGCCUUGCGACCGCGAACUUUAGCGUGCUCUGUUGGGGCACCAACAGAAGCAGCCUGACGGCGACUUUACCGUUGCCGAGAAUUCUUCCCGGAAUUUGCACUUCCAAUCAAAGCUCUUGCCUUUGCGGUCUCUUCCCGGAUUCCGAGACAUUGUGUUCUGGUUCUCGAGUCAUAUGCAAUCGCUGUGAUGGCAGAAUCCAGCCAUCAACUCCACCCCAUCUUUCGUCACCUCCGUCACCUCUGCCGCCGCCGCGUCCGCCCACUUCGUCGAAGAGGACGACGAACAGGAGGUGGCUGGCCUUCGCAAUUGUAGGUUCGAUCGGAGCAUUUUCCGGCAUCUGCUCCAUUCUCUAUUGCAUUUGGUUCGGCGUUUGCCGGCAAAAGAAGGUUCACAACUCAGUUCAGCCCACCAUUGCGGCACCUCGAACCAGUGCAUCCUACGCUCCGCAUUCCUCCGCCAUUGCCGUCAGAACGAGCCCUUCCACCUCCCCUUCUGGAUCACGGUCGCGAACGUUCUGGCGCCAAGGAUCGCGUAUCAUGAGGCGACAAAGGAGCGGCCCCUCCUCGUUCAAGGAACGCCCCGAGGAGUUCAGCUUCUCUGAUCUCGCCGCGGCCACGAAAAACUUCUCCUCGGAGACCAAAAUCGGCGCGGGGAGCUUCGGGACAGUGUACAAAGGGAAACUGCCCGACGGCCGUCAGGUGGCCAUCAAAAGAAGCGAAUCGGGGCCGCGGGCAAAGAAGUUCCAGGAGAAAGAGGGCGCUUUCGAGUCGGAGCUCGCGUUCCUCUCUCGGCUCCAUCACAAACACUUGGUCGGACUGGUAGGCUACUGCGAGGAGAGGGAAGAGAGGCUCUUAGUCUACGAGUACAUGAAGAACGGUGCUCUGUAUGAUCAUCUGCACCCAAAGAAUGAAGACAGUUCCAGCUCCAGUUCCAGUGUCUUGAACUCAUGGAAGAUGAGAAUCAAAGUGCUGUUGGAUGCAGCGAGAGGGAUCGAGUACCUUCACAAUUACGCCGUGCCUCCCAUCAUUCACCGCGACAUCAAAUCUUCCAACAUAUUGCUCGAUGCAAAUUGGCUGGCUCGGGUUUCUGACUUUGGCCUAUCGCUGUUGGGACCAGAGUCCGGCGACGGUCAUUUCUCGAUGAAGGCAGCCGGGACGGUGGGCUACAUGGACCCUGAGUACUACGGAAUGCACCUUUUGACUGUCAAGAGCGAUGUCUACGGUCUAGGAGUGGUGAUGCUCGAGGUGCUCACCGGAAAAAGAGCAAUCUUUAAGGACGAGGAGAGUGGUAAUCCGACGAGCAUUGUCGAUCAUGCAGUGCCUUUCAUUGUGGCAGGAGAGAUCAACAAGGUGCUCGAUCUCAGAGUUGGCCAACCAGGACCGAAUGAGGUUGAGGCCGUAGAGCUCCUGGCCUACACCGCCGUGCACUGUGUCACUCCUGAGGGCAAAAAUCGACCGAGCAUGACUGACAUCGUUGCCAAUCUGGAGAGCGCAGUGUCGCUUCUCCUCGACGGAAGUCGUGGAAGCGUUUCCAGUGCUUGCAUGUCCUGUCCUUCAACAGAUUGAGCUGAAUUUUUUUUGUAUAUUACUUUGUUUGUUUAGUCCGAUUUACAUUGUUUCAAAAAUGAAA